AGUGCAUCACAGCGGAAAAGACAUAUGUGAUGGCAGCAAAAACUGAUCCGAUGUGUGGAAACACUUUUAAUUAUGCAAAGACAUGUGACCAUGCAGAGUGUUAGAAUUUUCUAAUAGUGUUCCGUUUGGAUUAUUUUUAAGUGAAAAAAAACAACAGUGGGCUGAACUUUAUAAAACUAGAAUGGGAAUGGAUUUGCCAUUGAUUCUUGCUUAAUUGUUUGUAUCCAUAUCUCUAAGUCGCACUAGCUGAAUUUCUGUCUAAAGAUGUCCUGGAUUGAAAUAUCUUAAAAUGUCAUUGGGAUUUUGUCAUUUCUUUAAAUGUUGGGACAAGAAUCUGGGAAUAAAGAGCAUUAACAACCAAAAUACAUAGCAAAUGUGAAGCUAUAAUAAUUAUGAAGUGAAACAUAAAUUAUGAUAUGAAUUGAAUCACUUUUUAAAUAAAUUGUUACACCCCUGAUAAACUACACAAAACUGACAAAAAUCUGCAUUCUUAUGGACGUGUCCCUGCUCUUAGAUCAUUAUGUGUGAAGACUUCAAUCACAAACUCAGUUGAAGACAUUUGGGAUGUUAAGUAAAGAUGUGGUGUGUUUAGCACCAAAAAAGGAAGCAGUGAAUUAUAUUUGGAACAGUGAUGGACUAUUUGCAGUCUGUUCUUUUUAAAUAUUGUGAUCAGUUAAAACAGUAGAUGUGAUGAGAGGCCACUUCUUUGCUUUUAAUGUGAGGGGCUGCUUUGACUUUAUUGGGCUAAAGGUAAGAUUGUGUGUGCCCAGGUGACGCCCAUCCAUCUCUUCCGUGCGCUUUGGAGAGAGUGGGAUGGAAUGGGGGUGGCUCCGUGCGUCGUGCGCUGCAAGCCGUGUCCACGGAUGUGCGCGUGGCGCUCGGUUCCCAUCAAACUGAUCGGAGGCUCAGGACGCCGCUGACUGAACGCAACAGAACCGCAGGAGCGCCAGGCUCGUCGAGUUUUCUUAUUUUACGGAAAGAAAGAAAAAAAUCCCGCCCUCGGACCGUGCGCGCAUUGACUCAUACCCCCCACCCCCCUUGGGGAUCGACGGAGACGAUAAACCAUAAUAAGAGGGAGGAUAGGAAUAGUGCGCUAAAGAGGGAGGGAAGAGACGCUGGACUGGUUUGGCUCAGCGCGGCUGGCCCCGUCUCCCUGGUUCGCGGAGCCUCGGCGGCGAUGCUGCUGGGCGGGGAUGGUUCUUGGUUUGUGUCUGGUGGCGGAGGAGAAGAUGCGAGCUGCUCCUGCAACGCGCCCGUGCCGCCGCCGUCGUAUUUUACUUGCAAGAAUUGAUGAUGGUGAUCAUGCUGCCUCCCCCAGUGGUCUGCGCCUCCGGAUCCUCUUCGUCCGGGAUUCUCGCCGUCCGAACGCUGGAUUAUAGAUGAUUGUCGUGGACUUCCUUUUUUUCUUUUUAUUUCACCGAACUGCUCUGGAGGGAAGACGUCAAUAAUAAUUGAAUGGCGCGUUUUGGAGACGAGGUGCCCAACAGGUAUGGAGGAGGAGGUGGUGGUGGCAGUGGUGGCGGGGGUGCCGGCGGACAAGGGGGGCCGGGCCGUGGUGGCAGCAGGCAAGGUGGGCCCCCUGGAGCACAGCGGAUGUACAAGCAGUCGAUGGCCCAGAGAGCUCGGACCAUGGCCCUGUACAACCCUAUACCCGUCCGGCAGAGCUGCCUAACAGUCAACCGCUCCCUCUUCCUCUUCAGCGAAGACAACUUUGUGAGGAAGUACGCCAAAAAGAUUACUGAAUGGCCUCCGUUUGAAUGGAUGAUCCUCACCACCAUCAUUGCUAACUGCAUCGUCCUGGCUUUGGAGCAGCACCUUCCCGAUGGAGACAAGACGCCUCUGUCUGAACGACUGGAGGAGACGGAGCCUUACUUCAUAGCCAUCUUCUGUUUCGAGUCUGGGAUAAAGAUCCUGGCUCUGGGUUUUGCGUUACAUAAGGGCUCCUACCUGAGAAAUGGCUGGAACGUCAUGGACUUUGUGGUCGUACUCACUGGGAUCUUGUCAUCCGUGGGAUCUCAGCUUGAUCUGAGGACACUUCGAGCUGUCAGAGUGCUGCGACCUCUAAAACUGGUGUCUGGAAUUCCCAGCCUGCAGGUGGUGCUCAAGUCCAUUAUGAAGGCCAUGAUCCCCCUGCUCCAGAUAGGACUGCUGUUGUUUGUGGCUAUCCUCAUGUUUGCCAUUAUCGGCCUUGAGUUCUACAUGGGAAAAUUCCACAAAACCUGCUAUGAUGAAAUUACAAAGGAGAUAGUGGAUAAACGACCUUGUGGUGAAAAGCUGCCGUCCCGUUUGUGUCCUAACGGCACGAAAUGUCUUAGCGGCUGGCUUGGACCAAACAAUGGCAUCACGCAAUUUGACAACAUCCUGUUUGCAGUGCUUACCGUCUUCCAGUGCAUUACCAUGGAAGGAUGGACAGACAUGCUCUACUAUAGCAACGAUGUGGAGGGAAGUGCCUGGAACUGGAUGUACUACAUCCCUCUCAUCAUCAUCGGCUCCUUCUUCAUGCUCAACCUGGUGCUGGGUGUCCUCUCAGGUGAAUUUGCCAAAGAGAGAGAGCGAGUGGAAAACAGGAGUGAGUUUCUGAAGCUGAGGCGACAGCAACAGAUUGAGCGAGAGCUCAAUGGAUACCUCGAGUGGAUCUGCAAAGCAGAGGAGGUGAUUCUGGCUGAGGACAAUACAACCGGAAACUUUGAUGGAACGAAGCGAAGGCCAACCAUCAAAACCAGAAACAACAAGACAGAGCUGUUGAACCAGGAGGAAGGAGAGGACAACAUGGGAGAUGCAGUGGGUUUUGCUCGCUCCAGUAUAAAGAAUGGGAAGGACGGCUCCAAUUACAGUAAAACAGAACGACGGCUGAGGUUCUUUAUCCGAAAGAUGGUGAAAACGCAGGCCUUCUAUUGGACUGUGCUCUGCCUGGUGGGCCUCAACACUAUCUGCGUGGCUGUGGUGCAUUACGACCAGCCUGAAAUGCUCUCUGACUUCCUUUUCUAUGCAGAGUUCCUCUUCCUUGGCUUGUUCAUGACUGAGAUGCUGAUCAAGAUGUAUGGUCUGGGCAUCCAGCCUUAUUUCCAUUCGUCAUUCAACUGUUUCGACUGUGUGGUAAUUGUGGGUAGUAUCUUUGAGGUGGUGUGGGCGACCAUAAAACCAGGCGCAUCAUUUGGUAUCAGCGUGCUGCGAGCUCUGAGACUACUGCGCAUCUUCAAAGUCACCAAGUACUGGGCUCCUCUCCGAAACCUGGUGGUUUCUCUGCUUAACUCCAUGAAAUCCAUUGUCAGUUUGCUUUUCCUCCUCUUCCUCUUCAUCGUGGUCUUUGCCUUGUUAGGGAUGCAGCUUUUUGGCGGACAAUUUAACUUUGAAGGAGGAACUCCGCCGACUAACUUUGAUACUUUUGCAGCAGCCAUUAUGACAGUGUUUCAGAUCCUGACAGGAGAAGACUGGAAUGUUGUCAUGUAUGACGGCAUUGAGUCCCAGGGAGGAGUGAAUGACAAAGGAAUGGUCUUCUCCAUCUUCUUCAUUGUCCUCACGCUCUUCGGCAACUACACUCUGCUCAAUGUCUUUUUGGCCAUUGCCGUCGACAAUCUGGCCAAUGCCCAGGAGCUUACCAAGGAUGAGGAAGAACAGGAAGAAGCAGCCAAUCAGAAAACAGCUAUGCAGAAGGCUAAGGAGGUGGCAGAGGUCAGCCCGCUUUCUGCUGCCAACCUUUCUAUUGCAGCCAAGGAGCAGCAGAAGAACAACAAUAAAGCUAACAAGUCUGUCUGGGAGCAGAGAACAAGUGAGAUUCGGCGACAGAAUCUGAUGACAAGUCGUGAGGCGCUCUACAACGAGCUGGAGCAAGAGGAUUGGAAGGUGGGAGGAGAGGGAGAAGAGGUGUCCUAUCCACAAAAAGGGCGUGCUGACAUGAAAACCCACCUGGACAGGCCACUGGUGGUCAACCCACAGGACAAUCGAAACAACAACACCAACAAGACUCAACCUGGCGAGCUGCCUCUGGACUUGCAGUACCGGCACCAAGACAUUGGGCACUGUCGCCGGGGAAACCGCCACCAUCACUUUCACCACCAUCACCACCAGAAAGCUGCUGUAGCAGACAGCAGAGAGAUGUGCACGCUUAUGGAGACCCGCAUGGAGCACGGCUUCAGCUGCACAUCUCUGGGUAAUGUGGCGGGUAGCGCUGAGGGGCAAAGAGGGCAAGAGCGGCGCAGGAACAGGGAAGGGAAGCAGGUGCGCAGUGCUUCACCUCACUGCAGUGAAGGUGGAGAAAGGAACGAGUCCAGGAGGUCCAAGCAGCACCACAGUCGAGCCAAAGAUGGGGAACAGUGCAAAAGACACAGAUCUCAAAGAACAGGGGGUGAAGGUGAGGAAGAAGGCAAAAAGUCGAGGCGGCAUCGCCAUGGGAACCAUGACCGAAGCAGAGGCCACCGAAGCAGGAAGGAGCACCACAGUGCCGGGCCCAGCCUCUCCACCACACGGCCCAUCCAGCAGUACAAUGAGGACCUUGACAACUUCCGCAACAACAGCAAGCUGGCAGGCGCCCAUGGCCACCUUUAUGCCCUCCCACCCAAUCACCCUCAUCAUGUCAACAACCUGCUCAACUGCAGCGACGCUGAUACCCAAACACUGCUGCACAGCAUGGACAGCCUUAUCCUGACAAGCAUGGCCAAAUGCGACUACACAACUAUCGACAUGCCUCCUGUCUAUCCAUACCCCUCCACUAAUGCCAUCUUGCAGGUGAACAAGAAUGCUAAUACUGACCAGAAAAAGAAUGAGGAGAAAAAAGAGGAGGAGGAUGAAGGUGGAGCUGAAGAUGGCCCCAAGCCCAUGCCUCCCUUCAGUUCCUGCUUCAUAUUGUCCACCACUAACCCGUUUCGGAGGUGCUGUCACUACAUCCUGACUCUGAAGUAUUUUGAGUUCAGCAUCCUGUCUGUCAUCGCUAUGAGCAGCAUCGCCCUCGCUGCAGAGGACCCUGUCAACCCAAACUCACCUCAAAACAAUGUGCUGCGUUAUUUUGACUACGUUUUUACAGGCGUCUUCACAUUUGAAAUGUUGAUCAAGAUGGUGGUCUUAGGCUUAUUUCUCCAUGAAGGAUCCUACUUCCGUGACUUGUGGAACAUUCUGGACUUUAUUGUGGUUAGUGGUGCUCUGGUGGCCUUCGCCUUCACGCCGAGCAGCACCCGGGGGAGCAGCAAAGGCAAAGACAUCAGUACAAUCAAAUCCCUGCGUGUGCUCAGAGUGCUGCGUCCACUAAAGACAAUCAAGCGCCUGCCCAAGUUAAAGGCUGUUUUUGACUGUGUGGUCAACUCCCUGAAGAAUGUCCUGAACAUCUUGAUUGUCUACAUGCUCUUCAUGUUCAUCUUUGCUGUGGUGGCUGUGCAGCUCUUCAAAGGACGCUUCUUCUACUGCACUGAUGAAUCCAAAGAGUUUGAGCGGGACUGCAGGGGCGAGUACCUGGUUUAUGACAAAGAUGAGGUUAAAGCUGAGAAGCGGGAAUGGAAGAAGUACGAGUUUCACUACGACAACGUGGCUUGGGCCUUGCUCACCCUCUUCACGGUCUCAACUGGAGAGGGGUGGCCACAGGUGUUAAAGCACUCAGUGGACUCCACAAAUGAGAAUCAGGGCCCGAGCCCGGGUUACAGGAUGGAAAUGUCCAUCUUUUACGUGGUGUACUUCGUUGUCUUCCCUUUCUUCUUUGUAAACAUCUUUGUGGCUCUGAUCAUCAUCACCUUCCAGGAACAGGGGGAUAAGAUGAUGGAGGACUACAGCUUAGAAAAGAAUGAAAGAGCCUGUAUAGAUUUUGCCAUAAAUGCUAGGCCCCUGACACGCCAUAUGCCAAAGAACAAACUCAGCUUUCAGUAUCGCAUGUGGCAUUUUGUAGUGUCUCCGCCCUUUGAGUACAGCAUAAUGGCUCUGAUUGCACUCAACACCAUUGUUCUCAUGAUGAAGUUUGAAGGUGCAUCUGCAACAUAUGACAAUGUCCUCAAGUAUCUGAACAUUGUAUUUACCAUCUUUUUCUUUAUGGAGUCUGUCCUUAAAGUCAUUGCUUUUGGCCCUCUGAAUUACUUCAGAGACGCCUGGAACGUUUUUGAUUUUGUGUCUGUCAUUGGGAGCAUUACUGACAUAUUAGUAACAGAGUUUUGGGACAAUUUCAUCAACCUAAGUUUCCUGAGGCUGUUCAGAGCGGCCCGCCUCAUCAAGCUCUUAAGGCAGGGCGAGACCAUCCGCAUCCUUCUCUGGACUUUUGUCCAGUCUUUCAAGGCUUUGCCAUACGUGUGUCUACUCAUAGCCAUGUUGUUCUUCAUCUAUGCCAUCAUUGGCAUGCAGUUGUUUGGAAACAUAGCUCUUGACGAGGAAGAAGAGAGCGCCAUCAGUGAGCACAAUAACUUCAGAACCUUCAUUAUGGCCCUCAUGCUGCUCUUCAGGAGCGCUACAGGAGAGGCGUGGCAUGAGAUCAUGUUAGCUUGCCUGGGGGAACAGAAAUGCGAUCCAGAAUCGGGAAAUGAAGGAAAAAAGGAAUGUGGCAGCACCUUUGCCUACACCUACUUUGUCUCCUUUAUCUUCCUGUGCUCAUUUUUGAUGUUGAAUCUGUUUGUGGCUGUCAUCAUGGACAACUUCGAGUACCUGACCAGAGACUCGUCCAUCCUAGGGCCACAUCAUCUAGACGAGUAUGUAAGGAUAUGGGCUGAGUACGACCCUGCUGCCUGCGGCCGGAUCACUUACACAGACAUGUAUCAGAUGCUAAGACACAUGUGUCCGCCGCUAGGCCUCGGGAAGAGGUGUCCCGCCCGGGUCGCCUAUAAGAGACUACUGCGUAUGGACCUACCUGUUGCCGAUGACAACACGGUGCAUUUUAACUCCACCCUCAUGGCUCUGAUCCGGACAGCUCUGGAUAUAAAAAUUGCCAAGGGCGGUGCAGACAAGCACCAAAUGGAUGCAGAGCUAAGAAAAGAGAUGAUGGCUAUCUGGCCAAAUCUAUCCCAGAAGACACUGGACCUGCUUGUUACCCCACACAAGGCAGCCACAGACUUGACAGUGGGCAAAAUCUACGCUGCCAUGAUGAUCAUGGAAUACUACAGACAGAGCAAGAUGAAAAAGCUGCAGGCCCUGCGAGAGGAACAGGAGGGCUUUGGAGAAUGGAGGAACCGAACGCCAUUAAUGUUUCAGCGUAUGGAGCCGCCCUCUGAGGGAGGGGGCACGAAUGGUCAGGGGGUGCAGAUCCAGAACAGCCUCCCUAACACCCAGCCAGACGUCAACAGCAUACCUCCUGAGGGUGGCAUGACAGAGAAUCAGUCGUGGGUGACAGAAAAAGCCCAGGAGAUGUUCCAAAAGACUGGAAAUUGGAGCCCGGACCGACCUUAUCCUGACAACCUUCAUGAAAAUCGCCACAACCCACAGACGGUAGAGAUGAGGGAGAUGGGGCGGGACGGGUACUCCGACACUGAGCCCUAUCACCCAGUGGAUGGGCAUGGGCGGACCCUCUCCAUGCCCCGCCUCUCGGCAGACAACCAAAGAGCUUAUGCUGGUUGGCGGAGGAGACACAGGCCUCGCGGAAAUAACCUCAGUACCAUAACCGACACCAGUCCGAUGAGGCGCUCCACAUCCAGCCUGGUUCAUGGUCGUUCAGGCCGUGGUGUGAGACUGGACGAUUACUCACUUGAAAGGGUGGUUUCUGAGGAGGGGAGGCACGGAGGAGGCCGCAGGCACAGGGACAGGAGUCAUCGCACCUCACAGCGCUCCCUGACCAGAUACACCGAUGCAGACACAGCAGGCUUGGGCACAGACUUGAGCACCACCACACAGUCAGGAGAAUUACCGCCCAAAGAACGAGAGAGGGACCGCGGCCGCACCAAGGACCGUCGUCACCACCACCACCAUCACCACCAUCACAGUUCUAUGGACAAGGAGCGCUAUGGUCCGGAUCGCCAUGAAUAUGCCCACAGGCAUCCUCAUGACCGCCACUGGUCAAGGUCGCCCAGUGAAGGUCCUGAUGGAAGAGGUCAUAGACAGGGCAGUAGUUCAGUGAGCGGUAGUCCAGUCCCCUCUACCUCGGGGACCAGCACACCACGGAGGGGCCGACGCCAACUGCCACAGACACCCGCUGUCCCACGUCCGCAUGUUACCUACUCCCCAGCUGUUCGCAAGCCCAGCUAUGGCCCCCCCGGGCAAGGUCGUCUGCGGUCUCCCUCCCCCCGUCACUUCUCCCCACCGGACCAUGACAGAGGAUACCAUCAUCGACCCUCAUCUCGCCACGCUUCUCCACACCACGUCGGAUCCUCAUCCCGACACGGCUCACCCCGCUCACCCCGGCGUCAGUCCCCUCGCUCGCCUCUACAUGGGUCACCGAGGUCCCCUCACAGGAGUCGCUGGAGUGGGCCCCCACCUGGCGAUAGCCUAGAGGGUGAUGGAUCAUUCUAUGAGAGAGAUUAUGAGUACGAGCAGCACCAUGAGCCUCCAGCAUACGAGCAGAGUCUCUCCCAUGGCAAUCCUCACCCACAUGGGGGGAAUCCUCAUCCACACCCACGCUCACCAAGAACUGCCCGUCAUGGGCCCCUUCCACCCCCUCACCCGCGUAGAGUACCCAAUGGAUACCGUUCAUCCUCACCUUCCCCUCAGCGACGGGGACCACCAGGGGCACCCCACCACCGGCCUGUCCAUGCCAGAGGGCCCCGCAAGGGUCUGCAUGAACCCUAUAGUGAGACGGACGAGGACGACUGGUGCUAGCAAUUACUGAAAUACCAACAGUAGAUGAGAAUAACCUCUUCCAAUGCUCUGGACUUGACUAUCAAGACUUUUCUUAAAGCAGUGGUCAUGUGUAUUUAGGAGGGGUUGGAUACUCCAAAGCUCUCUACCUUCACCCCUCAGACUUAAAAUAAGAUGAAGGGUGGGAAGUAGGGGUGUGAAGGUGCUGCAAACAGCCUUUUACUCAUUUUGUGUAAGAGUAAAAACCAGCAGCAACAGGAGAAAGCCAAGAGAACUUGGGCAAGGCUAGGGCACAGUUUACCUCCGUCUCUCUCUGACUCAGAUAGACACUUCUGAGAAACAGCCUUCACCGUCAAGGUCAGGCUGUGAGAGGACAGCAGAAGUGUAGGAACAGAGAGCAAUGGAGGAGCAUGAGUUUGGAUAAAUGUCUUGGUAUCGGUGAAGUUUUCAGGCCUAAUUGCAUUUUUCCCAAACUGUAACCAGGAUGCUUAGAUGUUUGCUGUCUUUUGUUGGCCAGACUUCCACUGCAGGAUAAAAAUAAGAUGGAACGUGGAGUCAGAUUUGACUCGCCUCCAAGACUGACAAUGCUUAGAGUAAAAUCAAAUAAAAAGCCAGGAUCCCAUAAUCCUUACAUGCCAAGCUAUGCCUCCAGAAAAUCAAACUUGAACAGAGAAGAAAAUAGUACGACUCUAAAGGUGAAAGUAAGAAGGGGAGAAUACCUACUUUCUCUUUAAUCUUUUCCUUUCCAAAAGACAGAAUCAGGAAGUUCCGCCUACACUGCAAAAACCAGCUAAUCCCAGGGCUGGCCGAUAUUUGAUGAGUUUUAUCAUCUCUGUUUACUGUUACGGACUCCGUGCUGAUGGAACUGCUGUGACAUCACAUCCUGUCCACGAGGAAGUGGCAGUGGGUGAGGCACAAAGUGGGCUCACUUCCUGUUCAGGUGUGCUUGAAGGACGGGCUCAGGUAACAGAGGAAGGUGACCUGACAGGAAAUGACAUCACACGGUUGAUUGCGCUUAAGGAAAGGAAUGGAGUGAUCGGGGAAAAAGAAGUUUCUUCAGUAUUUCUUCUGUCAAAUACUUCUUGUUCUUGUUAUUCGAACAUUGGAGCUUGGUUCUUCUGUUGCAUUCGCUCAGCAUCCUUUGAUCUUUUUCGCAAUCCAACACUUGAUGGAAACCUGCAUGACUGAUAAAAUACCUAUUAGAAAGGAAAUUUAAAUGGCGUUUGUGGGACCUGGGGCUUUCAAAAAAUUUUAGACUUAGGUCUUUAAAAGAAGUUCCCUUCUUUCAAACUCUUUCUCUACUACAUGUCAAAAGUUUUGGAUUUCUUUCAGUAUGAACUGGGCAGUUUUGUUUGUUUCAGUUCUCUACAGAAUGCUUAGUUCAAACAAUCUAUUAGGUGACAAAAAAAAAUGUGCACGCUCACAUUAAUGCAUCCUAUGGUGCUUGAGAAUCAAGAAGGAGAAAGAGUGGAGGAACAAACCUCCACAAAACUUAAUUUAUUGCUAUAUUAAUGAUAACAGUUUUAUGAAUUUAAAUGUCAAUGCAAAAUGAUGGUAACAAUGAUAAUAAUACUGGUGAUGAUUGACUGAAUUGACAGAUAUCUUACUGUAGACUUGUUGUCAUGUUAGCUGGAGUUGAAAUAUGCUAUGUUCAUGUUGUUUGCAUCCUUUAUGUUGAUGUUACCUGCUCAAUGACGUUUACUGAGUUUCUGAUGCCUUCUGCAACAAUUUGGAGCUAUAGGCUUGGGAACAUUCACUCUAGAAGUAUUGCGUGUUGUAACGCAAUUCUUACAAUACAUAUUCUCUAGAAAUGUGGAGGUGGAGGUCAGAGGAGUCUCAGCGUAUGACCUGCAAUGACCCUCAUGGUCAGUCCUCUUUUCAAGCCAACCCAAAGAUCUCUAACUCAUGUUCACAGCAAGGAGUUAAACCAAUGUCUAGAUUGGAAACGAGAAUGAUGACCAAAAAAAGGGGGUUAGGUUUGAUUGCGGGGCUUGAACUUACUAAGGGAGAUCAGUUGCCAGCAAUGGAUCUCCCAUGUUGGUACAGGGUCGGUGUCAGACAGUGUUGUUUUCCGCACCUGGGGACAGCAUUCAGCGCACCCUUUCUUCCCCCUCUACAGUUCAGUCUCUCGGCCACAUCCUAGAAUGCAGUCCUGUAGUGAAAGAUUAAUCUUAUAUCGUUGUAAGAUAUAAAGGUCCCAUUCCGAGCCGGGAAACCUGGAUGUGACCAGAGAGACCCCAACAUGUGUCUAUUUAUAAGUCUUCUUUGUGCCUGUCUGAGCCAGCGCUGAUCCCUUAACCCAACUCCUUGACCCCUCAGUCCCUCUUUUUUCUCUAAUCACUCCACACUUCUCACAUGAAAACCUACUCUGGUAUCCAUAAUGAGUUCAUUUCCUUUUACAUCAGCUCUUUAAGGCUUUUUAGACAGUGACACUGAAGACACACCUUACAGCAAACAGAGCUACAAAUCGUCCUUUUAUUUUUGUCGAGGGGGGAUUUUAAAAUUCUUCAAAACAAAAUAAUAAAAUAUAGAUGAAGAUUAAUUAUUACAGAUGAAUAGAUAUAAUACUGUAUAUGUAGUUAUAGAUGUAAUACAACAUAUAGUAGAGUUUCAUAGAUUUAUCUAUUUUGCCUACUCAUUACUCGUUAAAGUCAAGACCUCUCACCAAUUUCUUUGCGGUUUCAAAAGCCAGCAAACUAACCCCCAGUCCACAUAUUUUGACUCUAUGCAGACUUCCCAAGCAACUACAAUGUAUUAUUUUGAAGGACAAAACUACUGUGCUGGGACACUGAACGACACACGAGGUGUACAACAACCUGCAGGUUUAAGGUAAUGUUGGGAUUAACUAGACUUUAGCACAAGUCACCUGACAUUACACCUCGCAGGGGGAUUUUUCACAUUUGAGAGCGUCUUUUUCCCUCCCUCCUGCGUCUGAUCAUUUUGCUGUUGACAGAUUUCUCUGCUCUCCUGUGUUGCCUCCUGGCUAUGAAGUUAAGACUAGCAAAGGAAAUCGGGGGGAUGGGACGCUUAGGUGAUGAUAGAUCUAGCAUAAGCAAAGGGGUGUGUGCAAGGAAACCUGUCCACCCUCACCUCGCAUGCAGAGAGGUUGACGGUUCUUCUCCAGAGCCCCUGUUAGAGCCACAGUGCCUUCUGUAUCCGAGCCACAUCCAUCACCCCCCAGUCUCCUAAAUUACAGUCUCUCUUACCCAUCAGCCCCCUUGCCUUCUGUAAGUAGUUGUGUUCAUCCACACAACGCCUUAAAAUCAAGUCCUGCAGGCUCCUGUGUUGGUGUACCAUCAAGGAGAGUGCUGAUUCAGACAGAAGGCUGUGGUUGGGAAACAAAUCAAGAGGCUAGUCAUGAUGCAGGAAAUUAGUAUCACAUUUAAGUUCCCAAUUCAAACAUGUGUUGCAGUUUUUGCCAAAAAAAAUCACAAGAUCCUCACAGUUUGAAUCAGAUCUGUUUGGUUUUGACUUUAUGCGACUUGAUGACCUUCGUUUCCAAUUUGUGCCAGCAGUCUAGCAGUUUUUAUCUAGCUUUGGUUUGGCGCUUUGGUAUGAGGCCAUUCAGUGCCCAAGUGCACCUAAAUGAGGUUUUAGUGAGAGGUUUACAGAGGUGUGAAACUGUUUGCUUACUUCUCAGGUCCCUCUACUGUUAGGUAGCUAGUUAAACAAUGUAUGGAAGCAACAGCUGCAAAAGAAGACCGUCUUGGACUGAGUUAUUGUAUGGUUUUACUUGACUUGGCAUUAGACAUACUAAUGUAACCCCACCCUCUUUUUUUCCCCCCCGACCCAAGAACUCCGCACCUCCCAUAUUGCCACAAACGGCCUGCUGAAUGCACCAACCCUCAACACCAACUGUGUUGACUGAAAAAAAAAAAAAGAAACAGAAUUCGAUCUCGGCUCCACAACACCACGUCCAUAAUUGUAACAGCAAAUCCAAAAUGGCUGACUCACAUCGCCGCCUUUGCGUGAAAGCAUGUUGUUUGUGCACUUUUUCGGGAACUAACCCCAUCCUUUCAAAUGAAAAAAGGUUUUUGUUCUUUGGUUUCUUUCAUUUGUAUUUUUUGCUCAAUCAUCUCUUUUUCCACCUGUUGCCCACUUUCCCUCUUGCUCUCGACGUCUGACAAACCAUUUUUGCUUUUCUACUUUCCUGUGGCCUGAAGGAGAAACUCAUUACUCAUUAGUUCAGUCGGCUGUGAAAUUGUGUCAGUGAGUUGGUUGGGAGGCAAUGUGUUGACACAAACAUAAAAAGGGCUCUCUUUUAAAAAAAGAUCUACUCAUUGGGUAUUAAUGUACAGUAGGGCUGCCAGAAGUUGUGCUUAUGUAGCUAAACCCAUGCUGUGGUCUCCCCUUUGUACAGCACUAAGUGUGUGCAUGCGUGUGUGUGAUGGGGGUGGGUGGGGUUAAAAGGAGAGGAGUGGCAAGAGUUUCAUGAAGUGGGGACAAUGGUGGGGUUAAAAAAUGUAAUGUUUGAGAGGGCAGCAGAGAAGUGUUUUUAAUACACAAUUUCACAAUGGCACUGGAUCACUUUUCAGGUUCACCUUCCUUCAUCUCACCUGCAUUCAGCCACAAACUGAAGGGGUGGGGCUAUGGCUGCCACAGCGACAUUUUACUCUGAAUAUGUUUCCAAGAAUGUGCUUAAGAAUGUAUGUUUUUUGUUUUUAGGGCUGAAACUAAUUGAACCAUAAAACCGUAUUCUGAAAAUACGAAAAACAGUUAUAUAUGCAUUUUUUCUGACAUCAGGCUGCGUUCACACGGCACUUGGCAGCGCUCGUUCAAGUGACCACUUUAAAUAAAAAGUCUACGUAAACGUGCAAUCUGCGUGUUUCAGACUUCAAAACUUUCAUAACUUUUGACACUAGACUAGUUUCUAUAACCAUUCCCAGGCUAUACAUACAAAAUGUGUGGCCUUGAAAGUUAAACCAGGUCAAACUUUGAACAAUCAAGGACACUUGGAAGUGACAAAUGGAUGACGUCCCUUCUAAUUCAUGGAAGUUCCAAGAAUUUGAAAAUUGAUCAUGGAACGGACAUUAAUAAUUGCGUUUUGUGACCGGCUGAACAAAACUUAUAUCAAAAGAAUAUGCAUCUGGGAUGGUUUUCUUAGAGGUCAGAUAAGUUUAUUCUCCUAAAUGACAUAAUUUAUGUCCCUAAAGUCACACAUGGAAAGUCACACAUGGUAACCAAAGAGUAUUGUCCCUUUGUUGUUUAGCACUUGGUUUGAUGGUUUCAGCUCUAAUCGUGUGUGUUUGUAUGUGAUCUGCCUAUCCAUCGGCAUGUCAUGUUUGUAUGAGUGUGUCCUCCUCAUACCGUCAGCUACAGUGGGUAACCCUUAGUGCCUUACACUGUACGGGGCAUGAAGAUUCCUCCAGCUACAUCGGAUGCCCUUGUCCCUCUCUUUCCUCAGAGCCUGAAUGGGGUUGUGUGUGUGUGUGUGUGUGUGUGUGUGAAAAGGAGAUAGUGAUUCGGGGGGGUUAAUUGAGAAAUCAUCUCACUUGCCUCACCCUGUGACCCCCUCUUGUCCUGUUCCAUCGGAUGUAUGUUUUGGUUGUGUGAUCUUUGUGUACAUAAACCAUAAAGUUUAUGAAAAACUCAUUGUGUUCAUAUCUGAUUGUCUCGCCGUGACUCAUUUUUCCUCCUAAUGGUUCUGCCAACAUACAAACAUGUCAUACCAUGUGUUGACACGAGGCUGCAGGGUUGAGCAGCCAUUGUCUUCAACAGCAUGAGUAACAAGUGAGUCCAUGUUGGGGGGCAGAUUCAGUGGGAGACCGCCUGUCAUGUCAGCCGCAUACAAAUGUGUCUCUUUAUGGAGCCAAGUAGGUCUAAGGAGUGAGUAAUGAUUUUUGCACAGCAAUACUGCAUUUACUCUCAAUACAGAUUAAGCCAGCAAAAAUCGUGUUCUAGCAGAUACAUAUUAUUGCUUUGAGAAGUUGUAGAUGUAGCAAACACAGCUUUGUAAUAGUACCUAAAUAAAUGCAAUGAUAUGCACCUCCCAGAAAACAAAGCAUCUGUUUGAAACUAAUCUGUAACACUUUUUUAGAAACCUAAAACCCUGCUUGGCUCCAAAAUCUUUUUCUAAUUUUUCAAUAAAAUCUCAGAGUCGUGAGUAAAAUGUCUCCUGUCGCUAUUAGAACCCCUAUAGCCCCUUUCUUGUUUUUUUCUUCCAUUCUUUCUGCAAAUCUGUCUUUUCUUUUCCUUCAAACUCUUAGACACCAGUUUCUUUAACAGGGAUUUAUCCUCAGCAUUUUUCUCUAACAUGAUUAAUUACAGAAAAUGUCAUCAGAAAUCUGCUUUGUUUGUAGUUAAAAAUGAAUUUUUUGUUUUUACUUUGACUUAUGAGCGUUUUUUUUUAAAUCACAAAAGAUUGUACUAGUUAUGAAAAAAAUUUAGUUAGAAUCUUGUCAAAAUAAAACAAGUAAAAGCGACUCUAGAAUAAAAUGGUGGAUCAUCCCAAUCCUGUAGAAGAAAAGCGCUGAGGAAAGUCCUUGGAGCAACCAUCUCAUCAUCCAUCUCAUUAUAAGCCACCCCCAUCCAACACUCGACCCAGCAGAAACCAAACCAGUGCCACAGUAGAAAACCAUACAGGAUUUACUCAGCAAGAUUGGGGGGAAAAGGAAAAAAAAGAUAGGCAUACAUGGUAAUUUAAGAUAAAAGAGAAGUAUUUAAAAACAGAUUUGCAUGUGCAAUGUGCAUGCCAAUUUGUGGGGUAACAAGUCAACUUCAGGAACUUAUAAAAAAUAAAAUAAUACGUAUAAAGAAAAAAGUAUAUGUAUAUAUAUAUAUAUAUAUAUAUAUAUAUAUAUAUAUAUAUAUAUAUAUAUAUGUAUGUGUAAAAAUAUAUAGAAAGAUAGAUGUUUUUAAGAGCGACGUGUUUCUUUUUUCUUCUAUUUUUAAAAACAAAAAACAUUUUAAAAAAUAUGUCUUAAAAGGAGUAAAAGUUAAAAAAAAAAGAAAAAAAUCAUCCACACAAAAAAAUGAUGAUAAAAUGAAAAGAGCAUUUGUUACAUUACUUUCACGGAUAGAAAACACUUGAACUCAUGAUACAAGGGGCUGGUAAAGAUGAUUUUCAAAAGAAGACAAUGCAUACAUAACUUUUCCUUGAUGAAAAACAAACCCUUUCAGAGUAAAGAGUUGCCUGAAAAUGAAUCUGGUGAUGUUAUUCCCAUUUAUUCUGGCUAUGAAGUCCCGUCUUUCUCUCUCCCCCUCUUUUCUCUUUCUUUGACCAUCCCUUUCUCUUCUUCUGUUUCUUUCUCUAUCUCUGCUGUUUCUAAAAGUGCAUUUUGUAAUUUCAAACUGAAUUCUUCCUAAAGAAACUGAAUAAACCAGAGAGAAUGCAUUCUAA